AUGCUCUCUGCGAGAUCACAGACUACAACCUCGGGAGGCCUCUCCCAAGACGAAAAAAUCACCCUCUACGUCGUUGCAGGCGUAGCAGGUAUCUUAAUCAUCCUGGGACUUGCAAUCGGCAUCUUACGCUCCCGCCACCACAAAGCAUGCAAAUAUCAAGCACGCGGCGUGACGAAGUCCAUUCUGAAAAAGAUUCCUAUCAUCCAAUAUGACUGCGAAUCUACGCGGAAGUCAAGCUGCGAUGGAUCUAUCGACUCUUUAGACGAGAAGUCGGAUUUCGUCGAGCACACGGCAAAUCACACUUGUCCGAUUUGUACGGAAGAUUUCGUGCAAUAUCAGUUGCUGCGUGUUUUGCCUUGCGGGCACCAGUAUCAUAUGAAGUGUAUUGAGGAUUGGUUGGCGAGGGGAUCGAAUUGCCCUGUUUGCCGCGUUGAUCUCAAGCCCGAGACACAACGAAAGUCUACUAAAAAGGAUGAAAUGACUCCGGAUCUGGAACAGGGCCAGCCUCAGAUGCGGCAUGACCGGAGUCUACAUGAUCGUAUUGUUGAAGGCCUCUACGGUCUGCGCUAG